AACAAGUCUACCGGUAAACCUUUUUAGUUUAUGUGGCUGUAUUGAGACCGAAGUACGCAAUUGUAAAUUUGUCGUCAGAUCAGUGAUCACCUGUCAUUUAAAAUAGAAGAUGGACUAUAUUACAAAUCAAGACAACAUGCUUUGACCACUAGCUUACCAGAUAAAUACACAUGUCAGACAAACUUGCAAAUCGCCUUUACCGAAAUCGUCAUUAUUUUUCUACCACCGAGGAAUUGAUCACAAUUGUUUAAAUAAAAAUGUGGGUGUGUCUCAACUGUCAUGAAUACAAUGACCCUAAUAACGAAAAGUGUGGAAAAUGUGAAAUUCCGAGGCAACAAAAAGAAAAACCAAAAGGCAAACAUGAACACAAGAAUGCCAAUUUGUUUAAUCGGAAAACAAUGUACACAAGAGGAAACUCAAAAGGAUGGCAGAAGGCCAUUCAGCCAGGAUACGAACGACAAAGUGUUGUUGGAAGACUGGAGGCAACAUCCUUAGCUCCAACAAUUCAGCCAGGAUAUCAACGAAAAAGUGCUGUUGGACGACUGGAGUCAACAUCCUUAGCUCCAACCAUUCAGCCAGGUUACCAACGAAAAAGUGCUGUUGGAAGACUGGAGGCAACAUCCUUAGCACCAACCAUUCAACCAGGAAAUGAACAAAAGACUUUUGCUGAAAGACUGGAUGCAUUAUCUUUAGCUGGAAGCAAAAAAGAGCACGACUCUGAUUAUUUAGUAGUAGCAGCAUUGGACUUUGGAACAGCAUAUUCAGGUUAUGCCUUUUCAAUGAGAAGCGAUUUCAAAACUGACCCAUUAAAGAUCCACGUAAAUCAAGCUUGGAAUGCAGGGAGUAGACAGUUGCUUUCACUGAAAACACCCACAGCCUUGUUAUUAAAUCCUGAUAAGGAAUUUGAAGCGUUUGGAUACGAAGCAGAAACUACAUACGCAAACCUUGCCAUGGACGAUACCAACUCGGGUUAUUUUCUUUUUCGUAGAUUUAAAAUGAAUUUACACAAUAAGAAGAAAAUAGGUAACGAUCUGAUCAUAGAAGACAUAGCAGGAAAACCAAUGGCAGCUUUAGAUGUGUUCACGCUGUCAAUUAAAACACUUGUCAAGCAUGUGAUGGCACAUCUAGAAAAACGAGGUACUGGUGUAAAAUUGGCAGAAAUACGCUGGGUUCUGACUGUACCUGCUAUCUGGACUGAUAGUGCUAAACAGUUUAUGAGAAAAGGUGCAGUUCAGGCUGGAAUACCAGAAAAUAAACUAUAUAUAGCUUUAGAACCGGAAGCAGCAUCUAUAUUUUGUCAAUACUUACCAACAGAGAAACUUAACGGAGCUGAUUUUAAAAUGGCCAAACCUGGAACAAAAUAUAUGGUCGUUGAUCUUGGAGGUGGCACAGCUGAUAUAACUGUUCAUGAAAAGGUUUCAAAUGAGCAUCUGAAAGAGUUGUCUAGUGCUACAGGCAAUAAUUGCGGAGGUACCUCCGUUGAUGAAAGAUUUUUGCAGAUAUUUGUGGAUAUAUUUGGACGUCCAUUGAUGAACGCAUUAAAGGAAGAAGAUUCAUCUUCGUAUUUGGAUCUGUUUCUCGAAUUUGAAACAGUCAAACGAAUAAUUGAACCAGACAAAAAUUCAAAAAUAACCAUUUGCAUACCUUAUCCAUCGAUAAAUAGUUGUUGUUUGAAACUUCUUAACAAGGACAUUGAGUCUGCUGUACGUGCGUCAAAAUAUGGCAACAAAGUCACUCUAAAAUGUGGCAAACUCCGAAUAGACUCUGAAAUCGUUAAAGAUAUUUUCAAGCCAACAAUUGAAAGUAUUGUAUCUCUCAUGAAAGACAUUUUUGAGAAAACGCCAUCAGCUGAUGUAUCACAGAUUUUGUUGGUUGGUGGUUUUUCUGAAUGUGCUCUUGUUCAAGAUGCAAUUAAGCGGGCGUUUCCGGAUAAGAGAGUUAUAAACCCAGAUGAAGCGGGUUUAGCUGUUCUGAAAGGAGCUUGUCUUUUCGGUCACAAACCGGAUUAUAUAACAUCUCGCGUGAUGCAGUAUACCUAUGGCACAGGAACUAGUUUACCUUUUGAUGCGAACAUUCACGACAAGGAGCACCUUGUCAUAGAGGAAGAUGGAGAAUUUUGUGAUGGCCUGUUUGAAGUAAUAGUCCGCAAAAAUGACACAGUUGAUAUUAAUACCGCAAUUGAACACAAUUUCACCGUGGAUUGCAAUGACCAAGAGCCGUGGGAACUGUCCCUUUAUGCAUCGACAAAAGAGAAACCGAUGUACGUGGACGAAAAAGGUUGUACUCUUCUCGGUUCAAUGAAGAUUUCGUUCUCAAAAGCAAGUGAAACAGAACGAGAAUUGAGAGUGGCGUUCCUGUUCGGUAAUACUGAGUUGGGUGUUACAGCGACAGAUAUACUUACUGGAGAAACCAUUUCGUCUACAUUUAACCUGAACUAAAUUAGUAAAUACAUUUCAGAAUUAUAUAUUUUUGCCCAUUGUGAAUUUACAUGAUUUAAUAAUAAAUAAAAAUUCAUAUAUAUUUCAUAA